GGGACGGGACACAUAACUGGAUUACGGUCACCUAAUGGAAUGAUGGGUCCUUGAUGGGUGGUGGAAUUAAAAGUUUCAUUUUCCCUUUCAGAUUUUUCUGAAUUAUUUCAGUUAAAAAAAAAGCAAAAAAGGAAUGUGUGUCUUUCCUCCGAAAGGCAGUAAGGGGAGCUCCCAUCGUGGUGCAGCAGAAACGAGUCCCACUAGUAUCCAUGAGAUUGCGGGUUCAAUCCCUGGCCUCACUCAGUGGGUUGAGGAUCUGGUGUGGCGGACCUCUAGCCCAGGAACUUCCAUAUGCCAUGGGCGUGGCCCUCAAAAGACAAUAAAUAAAUAAAUAAAUAAAACAAAAGGCGUAAAGUCAUCCCCAAAUAAAUGAGUAUUUAGGGAAACAAGUGGAGCAGCCCAGCUGAGGCGGACAUUCAGCAUCGAUGGCCAGGAACACGCUGAAGCAGAGGCCCAGGGGCCAUGCCCACAUCACAUUGUCUCUGUUUAUCAGGUCUUUUGUUUGCUUGUGGCAGGAUUUUUAUGUCGACCCCCUGGCCUACAUUGCUUUAGGCCCUGAGUAGGUCCCCUGAGCGCCUGGACGGGGCUGCUCUAGCUUUUCUCCCUGCCAGCUCACGUGGCGAGCUUCUCACAGGCAAAGAGAAAGUUUCACUGAAAGGAAAAGUACCAGUAGAAAAAGGAUUUUCUCCUCACAGUUAAUCAUGCAGGGGUUUUUUUUGUUUGUUUUUGUUUUUUGAAAAGAGCAAAAUGUGCCUCUUAUCAAACUUCCACUUCAAACCAGAGGGAGGAACCCAGGGAUGCUUUGGCCUCCCGCUGCCCCAGAUAAGGCACAUGCUCUAUUGUGCAAAAAAUGGCAUUAGGCACAAGAAGACAAUUGGCAUUGGGUCCUGCCCUCGGAGGGAAGGAAAUUAACCUCUGCCUGCCACCGCCCGGGCCCAAGGGCAGGGUCACUUGUGUUCUGACCCGGGCAGCUCGUUCCUGAGCUGGAGAGCGUAUGUGCCAGUUCAGGGACAGUUUCCACGCAGGGGACGAACACUCCUGUGAUGGGCUCUUGGCCCCUCUCUCCCUCUGCAGUGUCCGGCAGGGAAGGGCUCAUUUCUCACAUGUCUUUGCCAGAUCAUGGUUGUUCCGGGCGCAAGGCCAAGUGCUCCCAUCCCCGGGGAGCCGACCCAAGAAGAGCUGCCCCGUGAACUUCUGCUCCUCGGUUGGGCAAGCUCAGAAAGCCGGCUGGUGCGUGUGAGGAGGGCAGAGGUGGAGUUCAAGUCACCCCAUCUGUUGCAUCACCAUCCACGUUAAACAGAAGGUUUGGGUGUGCAAUGCUCUUCUGAUGAAAUUCGGUGACUCAGGAAAAGCCAUCUGACUAAGUCCUGUUGCGGCAUCGGCAAGAAUGUCAUCUGCGACCGCACGGCCACGCCGCUGGACGCCUUCCGCAUGAUGUCGGCUGCCCACUACUACCCCAAGCUCAUGAGCAUCAUGGGCAACGUGCUGCGCUUCCUGCCAGCCUUCGUGCGCAUGAAGCAGCUCAUCGAGGAGGGCUACGUGGGCGAGCUGCUGGUGUGCGAGGUGCAGGUGCACAGUGGCAGCCUGCUGGGCAAGAAGUACAACUGGAGCUGCGACGACCUGAUGGGCGGCGGAGGCCUGCACUCGGUGGGCACCUACAUCAUCGACCUGCUCACCUUCCUCACCGGCCAGAAGGCGGUCAAGGUCCACGGGCUGCUCAAGACCUUCGUGAAGCAGACCGACCACAUCAAGGGCAUCCGCCAGAUCACCAGUGACGACUUCUGCACCUUCCAGAUGGUGCUGGAGGGCGGCGUGUGCUGCACCGUCACCCUCAACUUCAACGUGCCCGGCGAGUUCAAGCAGGACGUGACCGUGGUGGGCUCGGCCGGGCGCCUGCUGGCGGUGGGCACGGACCUGUACGGGCAGCGCAACAGCGCCGCGGAGCAGGAGCUGCUGGUGCAGGACGCCACGCCCGUCAGCAACUCCCUGCUGCCCGAGAAGGCCUUCAGCGACAUCCCGUCGCCCUACCUGCGCGGCACCAUCAAGAUGAUGCAGGCCGUGCGCCAGGCCUUCCAGGACCAGGACGACCGGCGCACGUGGGACGGGCGGCCGCUGACCAUGGCCGCCACCUUCGACGACUGCCUGUACGCCCUGUGCGUCGUGGACACCAUCAAGCGGUCCAGCCAGACGGGCGAGUGGCAGAACAUCGCCGUCAUGACCGAGGAGCCCGAGCUGAGCCCCGCCUACCUGAUCAGCGAGGCCAUGCGCCGCAGCAGGGUGUCCCUGUAUUGUUAGCGCCGCCUACUGGGGACCCAGCGACCUAGGCCUCCUGGGCGGAGCCCAGAGAAUGGGAAGGGCGUGGGGCUGAGGGGACCUCGAGGAGGAGCGCGGGGGCAGUGUGCGAAAACGGCUUCUGUGCGGCUGAGCCCCGCCCAGGCGAAGGAGCCAGAACGAGACCAGGGGUGCUGAGCUAACAGCCCAGGAGUCCUCAGAGGGCCCGGGUUCCAGGGGCCAUGCCUGGGGCAGAGGGUGGUGGGGGGGCUGCCUCCACUGCUCCUUCACUAUGUGAAGCCCCGUGGGGUUGCUGGCCUCUGCCCCUCAUCAGACCCCCUCACCUUGGCCCCCUUUGCAAGCCAAACACUCCUGCGGGGUCAAGACCCUGUAAUCAGUCGCCAGGCAAGGGCAGGAGAAGGCACAGCUUCAGGCGUCCAGCAAGCCCGCUGGUCUGGGCACGGGAGGGGGUGCAGGGGCUAAUGAGCAAGUUCAGCUUCCAGGAAACCACUUGAAGUGUCUGAAGGAAAAAGGACGUGGGAGCCUAGUGUACAGCCUUGGCCAUUGACUGGUCCUCCUGGCAGGAGCCCAGGGAGUGUCUUCCUAAUCGGCUUUUUGCCCUUUUCCUGGCCUGGGGUGUGGCGUAGGGGCAUGCCAGGAUGGCAAGCAGAGAAUCAGGUUACCCCUGAGCCAGAAGGAGAGGGCGAGGGCACAGCCUGCGGCAAACGGGUCAGGCAGAGGAGAAAAUAUCUCUUUGGAUUUGUCAGCAAUUAAAAGCCCACAAGGAGCCACCUUAUAACUAUUCGCGGUGGAGCAGAAUUGAGUGUGAGAGGGAUUCGGUCCUGAAGUAUUGACAUUGUCCCUUCUUGGGGCCAAGGAGAUAGCUGGUGCGGGGGUGGGGGGGGUGGUUUGACCCUAGGCUGCUGUUCUGUCUCCAGGAAGCUGUGCGCCCCAGGGUGGCAGUGGCGGUUCCCAGCAGAAGGGAACGGGAGCCAGCCCUGGGCACAUCGCUCCUAGCAGGCUGGGGAGGGCGUUUAGGGGCUUCUCCAGCUUCGCGGAUGUAAAAGGGAAGCUUCGGUCCACUCAGAUAGAAUCCUCAUCCCUUAGAGGGAGAAAAAAACCCCUCAAACCUCUUCUCCUUAGCUUGGACCUUUGCUCUCAUGCAUCACACACCUGAAAAUUUGUGAAUAGGUAUUAAUACAAAAGGACAACAAGCAUAAUUUUCAGUGUUUCAGAAAUGGGGUUUGAGAGACCCCUGCGGUGUAGACGUCACAUAGGCUUGAGAAACCUAAUGUAGGACAGAAAAUCUUUCUCCCCGUGGUCUCCCGUCUCUCUUGUCAUCCUCUGUUUACAGAGCUUAUAUUGGAGAUGGAUCGGAGCAGGCAGUGCCGGAAGGGAACAAUCAGACACACACACACACACACACACACACACACACACACACACACACACACACGUGUCAAUGCUGGCUACCACCAGUGUCACUAAAAUCCCUCUUAAAAAAUUCAGACCUGGAGUUCUCACUGUGGCACAGUGGGUUAAAAAUCCAACUGCAGUGGCUCCGGUCACGGUGGAGGCUCGAGUUUGAUCCCUGGCCCAGCACAGUGGGUUAAAGGAUCCGAUGCUGCCACCCCUACAGUUCGGGUUCAAUCCCUGCCCCGGGAACUUCCGUGUGCUCUGGGUGCAGCUAUUAAAAAAGAUAUUCGGACCAGAUCUUUCAAGAUAGCCCAAGUCAAAUGUGGUUUGAAAAUGGGGGAUUAGCCUUCUGUAUUCUUAGCCUCCCCCUUCACCCUGCCCAGGACAUUUGCCGGGGAUCGGAUGUGGAGAAGGUUACUUGUAAAUCCACAUAGCGUUGGUUCAGAGUCCCAGAAAUCCAGCCGUUGUCUUUGGCCCCCAAGUGAAGUUUUGACAUCUUUUCAUAUAACUGGCAGUGGGUCGGGAAGGGAAUUGAAGGGCCGAGGUUGCCCCCCAACCCCCACCCCAGGCUCUGGAGACAGAAGCUGAAACCAUGAUCCUGGGUGACCUCAGGGCGACGUGCGGCCGUGUCCAAACCCCAGGGAAUGCUGGUGUUUUCUAGCACGCAGGAGUAGGCAUUGCCUUCCUAGAAAGAAUGACCCGGCUCCCUGGGGCCCCGCUGCCACAUGGCGCGGUUAGUCAGCUGACACUGUCCGCACGCCCUUCCGUCCCUGCUCUGUCGACAGCUCUAUCAGUUGGUAGAAUGGAAGUCUCCCAGUCCUGGUUGAGCAGAGGGCUGUGCCAUGGACUGUUUGGGUUCAUAUUCUCCUAAAUUCCCCUCUGGAUAAAGAGCUUCUGUGGAAAGAAUUUAUUUUUUCUAGCUAGCCCGAAAGGCUGUGAUUAAGGAUGAAGAGAAAGGAAACUAGUGAUUCUAUGGGUGUCAUUUUUCUAAGUCGUUUCUAAUCUAAGCUGGGAUGUUCCUGGGCUUUUGAUUUUAUGUUUCUGUACUUAAAUACUUGGGAGCUGAGCUCUGUGAUAAAUAUUUAGUGUCUGAAACAAGAGUUCUCAUUUGGGGAGGGGUAUAUAGAAAGAAUAUAUAUUCUUUAAAAGAAGCAUGAAACUAUUUUAGUAAGUGUGCUCAAUUUUUGUCUAUUGAAAUGCAUGUAGUAGGUGGAUGCAGGAAUGAGAGGAAGAAAAGACCUAGAGAGUUCUUUUUUUUUUUAAUUUUUAUACAAAAACUAGACUAAAUGGGCUCAUUCGUGCUCUCUUGGCCCCUGUCCUGUUGCUUGCAAAGACCUGACUGGGAGCCACCGUAUAAAGCUGAAAUCUCAAGCUUUCGGCAACAUUUUAUAGAAGGACUGUGUUCCAGCCCAGCACCCCCAGUGGUCCCCUCAGGGAACUGGGUCCCCUCAGCUGGAUUUGAGCUUAGAUGAAGUCUCCGGAGUCCCCCCGCUCCCUCUGCCUUGUUUAAUGAGCAUCGAGGACCGAGGGUCAGGGGUGCUCUGUUUUUCGUUCUGUCACAUUUAGCCCUCCUUCCCCCCCCCCCCCCGCCUGCUUUGUUCUCAUCGUGGUGUGGGUGCCUCUGGAGCCGGGCGUUUGGGCUCAUGCUGAGCAUGGUCUCUGCGGAUGUUCCAGAUUCCAAAUCCUAAGCAAGAGCGUGAGUCCAGGGUUCUGACCUGGUACCCACGCGUGUUUGGAAUGGCUCUGUGCUGCUUUGCAAGAUUUGGAGUCUGAGUUUUCUUCUGGAGAGAGAGCUCUUGUCUGCCAUCAGCCUCCCCGUGACUUCACGCCUCGAUGCGAGAAGUGGCGCAGGGACCACAGCUCCUUAGACUACCUGGCAGCAAAUAUCUAUGGGCUCGAAGGGCAGCCUUGGCUGACUCCAGCUCAAGGCAAACUUCUCCCAGACCCUUCCUCCGUCUGCAAAGAGCCACCUCACUCCUCCCUGUGGUCCCACGUAUGCAGGGUAUUUUAAGUACCUGAUCUCACCGAAUCUCUAAAAACAGCCCUGUUGCACUGGGUACUGUUAUCCCAUUUCCCACAGGAGAAAACUGAGGCCAGGAGGAGGAGGAGGAGGAACUUGCCGAGGUUCACACAACUAUUAAGCAGAAGUGGGGUCGCCUGAAUCUGAAACCUUUCCUCUCCCCUACGCCCAGCUGCCUGCUGCCAAGAAAGGUUUGAGCCUCUGCAGUUCCUGCAGCAGGCAAAUGCUCCCCGGGGAACUUGCAGGCUCUUCAGAGCCGCAGUGAUGAGAGUUAGGUGUGACCUGAGGGGGGCUCCCUGUCUCGCCCACCCGCCCCCCAGUUCCCUGCUGCUGACAGCUUCCUGUUGGCAGGACGUCAUGUUUGAUGUUCUGCCAGAAGGUUCCUGUAGGGUUGCAAAUGGAAGAAGGCGAUUUUUCUUCCCCUUCCACAAUGGAAAUAUCACUCAGCUUCUUGGGGGUUUUUUGGUUUUGGUUUUUUCUUCUUAGGGCCACACCUGUGGCACAUGGAGGUUCCCAGGCUAGGGACAGAACUGCAGCUGUACCUUCUGGCCUACACCACAGCCGUAGCAAUGUGGGUUCUGAGCCUUGUCUGCAACCUACACCACAGCUCACGGCAAAGCCGGAUCCAUAACCCACUGAGUGAGCCCAGGGAUCAAAUCCACAUCCUUAUGGAUACUUGUCAGGUUCUUAACCCCCUGAGCCACAACAGGAACUCCCUCACUCAGCUUCUGUAAAGCCCACUUCCUCAGUUGAUUCCAACUGUAGGUGAUGCAGGAAACUGCUGAGGUGGGGAUUUUUGGCUUGUUGCUGGCAGAUUAUUAUAGCUACCCUGGGGCUCGGCUCUCCUGGUCUAAGGGGAACACAGGAAAAUGUCUUUUCUCAGGGAGUGGGGCUUUGAAAGUUCAUUUGCUUGUGGCUCAGAUUUUGGCUGUGCAUUUGUACCUUUUGAUUCUCUUAACUCAUCAUCUUAUCUCAGUCACAGUUGUUGAAUUUGACCUGUGGUCGUAAAUUAGGUUUCUGGUCACCUGGCUUUUAUUCUGGGGGGCUGAGGGGGGGAUUCACACUGAUAAGGGCACCUGGAGCGGGGGGAGUAAAUCCAGUUGCAUCUGAAGGGACUUAGAGCCCAAUCUCUUCAGUUCCUUUGAGUUGUACAUCCCCCGGAGGUUAGGUCCUGGCCCAGGUCACACUGCUUCUUAGACGUGGAGCCAGGACUGCACUCCCAGUUUUCUCAUGCCAAGUCACAUCUUGCUUCACACAGCGUGUGUAGCUUUCAGAUGGGGACAGGGAGGCUGUGUUCCCAUGGCUUAGCUUGUGGAAGAGUUGCAAUUAGAACUCAGACCUGAAACUGUAUUUAUUCCCUGAGCUGUUGCAGCAGAGUCAACUUUUUCUUUCUUUCUUUUUUCCCAAUUAUAUCUUGAAGUUUGUACUCAGAGAACUAGCUGUUUAAAAUUUCCCUCUGGGGGAGUUUCCACUGUUGUGCGAAGGGAUGGGUGGCCUCUUGGGAGCACUGGGACACAGGUUCGAUCCCUUGCCCGGCACAGUGGGUAGGUUAAGGAUCCGCACUUUCCAUAGCUGUGGCUUGGAUCGCAACUUCAGCUCAGAUCUGACCCCUGGCCCGGAAACUCCAUAUGCCUCCGGGUGGCCGAAAAAGGGAAAGAAAAAAAAAGUUUCCCAUUCUGACUAUAAUGUGAAUGAUUACCUCUAAUUUGUUGAAGCAAGGAUGGGGGACAUAUAUCCCAAUGCCACCUUUGGGGUUUCCUGAGGCCACCUCUUCGUAGAGGCCCCACCCCUCUCCAAGUACAGAUCGAGGCCUUGACUAGCCUAGGACUCCUGCUCCACCCACCGCCUGUUUUUUCAGCCAUCCAGGGCCCCCCCAAAUCCUGAAGUUCAUGGGGCAGAGGCCAUGACACUGGGGAGCAGCUUCUUUUUCCUUUUUUUUUUUUUUUUUUUUUUUUGAAAUCAACACUCAGAGCCCUGCAUUUCAGUUCCCUCUGGGGACAGGGAGGAGGAGGAUGAAAGAAAAGCUGUGCUUGCUGCUCUGCAGCCCACAGGCCCCGACAAGUGGGUGACGGGGAGUCCUCCAGGUUUGAGAGGAGGCGUGGACACCUUCCUGCUGCUUGGAGGGGCUGGGGGCUCGGUGAUCUCCUGAGAGUCUGGAGGUGAGGCCAGUCCCGUAUCUGAGCGACCACCCCAGUUAGCCUUGGAGGGUGGUGGCCUGCUGACUUUCUUCCCUGAGUUAUGGUCCCUGUGGACUGGGCUCCCCAGGCAUCUGGCUCUCGGGCCUGAAGGGUUGCACUGGUGAAUCCUCUCGAGUCAAAUCUCUGACCCCGAAUCUGUGAGUAGAUGAAAACAAGGCCAUGUCCCUUGCAGCAGUGCCAUGCUUGGUGUGGCAGUCAGCCUGCCUGGGUGGCUGUGAGCAGGGCCCCCCAGGCUAACCCUGAUGUCAGCUGUCCCCAGUCUUCCCUGGGGCAGGUCUCCACUGUCCUGUGCAGCCACCACAGGGGCUCUGCUGUUGAAUGAGCCCCGUGGUGUCUCUCCAUAAACCCAAUGACUUCCUUGCGAUUCUAGUCCCGGGCUAAGAAACAGAACACAGGCAAGCGACCUGCCACUCCUCUGCUCCCCUCCUUCACCGUCAGGCCAGCCGUACUGAGGAUUCUGCCCUGUGCCUUGCCCAGGGGAGGGAGACGUUUCUGGCAAUUAUGGCUUCUGUUUGUUGCCUGGUGCUUUGACUGUUUGUUGCUGGUUUUUUCUUUUUUUUUUUUUUUUUUUUCUUUUUUGGAUCCAAAAUUGCAUUUGUUUGGUUGUCAAUGUCAAGUAUAUAUUUAUUGUGUUUCACAAACAUGAGUACAUGUAUGUAUGUAUCUGUAUAAAAACAAACAUAUAUAAAAAGUCAAGGCAUGUAUACUAGAUAUUUUAAAGAAUUAUUUAUCAAGGGAAAAAGAUGUGUGUUAUAAACAGAGUCUAUAUUUUAUAUAUAAUGUAGAUAGCAAAUAGCUUAUAAAUUAUAGAAGGUUUGGGUUUUCUUUUUUUAUUAUUAUUCAAGCAAAAAAAAAAAAAAGACAGUGAAUGCAACUGUUCUUAGUGCUCUAAAGGCCAAACUGCUGUGGGAGGCCGCCUUCCUCACCAGGCCCUUGGGCCUCAGUGUUGUGCUCCCGGCCCAUAGCGGAUGCCUCCUGCUAGCUCUGUGAUGCUCAGGGGUCAUGGGUACCAUCACGCUGCCAGCUGGCACGGGCCACUUCAAAUGUGGCUUCCUGCUGUCCUCCCCAAUUUGUGUUGCUGGGAUAAAGGAAUGGAAGUAGCAAAUAAAGGUUGAAGAUACAAAUCCA